AUGAUUCGAUGUCGCAUCCACAUGUUUGGCCGCGCUUGCGUCCUGGCAGCACUGAUUUCUUGUAGCUUUGGGCUUGGAAAUGUGGGCAGCUGCACUGUUCUGCCACCUCUGCCACCACUGCCACCACUGCCAUUGCCUGUGGCCGUACCUGUGACGACAGCGUACACACCAUCGUUUCCAGCAUCUCCCUCCGAGUUAGACCCACUGGCAACCUUUGCCCUGGGCACGUUUGUUGGAGCUUUCAUGGGCUUUGUGUCUUUGGCAGUGGCCUUUAUGAAUUUUUUGCAAAACCUGCAGACGGACGAUUUGGAUGGAGCAAAGUGGGGCUCCUUUGGAGGGGUGGUCAUGCCAUCAUUCUUUUUUCAGGGAGCUGCUGACAUCUACAAGAACGUGCGGGAAGGAGCUGCCAAAGCGCAGCAGACUUUCCAGCGCUCUGGCCGCUUUCAAGAUAUCUAUCAAGGGAUUGAAGAAUCCCAGAAGGAACAGGUCCUGCAAGGCUUGGCUGCUUUGCAAGAGCGGUUUCCACGCAGCAAGUCUCGAGAGCGCAUAUUUUCACGCUUCCGUGGCGUUGCAGAUAAUACCAGAUUUGCUGCGGCAAUCUACGAUCUUGCUCUGAGACUGCAGCCAACGAUGUCUGCUACUGGCGACCUGUACAAUGAGCUAUGGUCCCUGGACGAAAAUCGCUGCACAGUCAGCAGUCGCCAACCAGGUAAAGGACGUAGGCCCUGGGUGAACGAGAACGCACAGAUCCUUAUUGACGUGCAAGUCCCUGCGUCUCGAUUGACGGAUGCAGCCAUGGCUCAUCGUCCGCUCUUCGCGCACGUUGCACCUGAGGUUCUGGCUAAGCCUACACUGCUUUGCUUGGUGAAGCUGUUCGACAUUUUCCAGCAUCUCGAUGACGACCAAGCAGCUUUCAGCCCGGAAGAAGAGCAAGCGAUUGAAGAGUUCAUCAAGGUCAUAGCUCGGACUGCUGUCAUGCGAAGAGCCUUCAGAUAUGCGGUCGAUGAGCUCGGCUUGGAGGACUUGGAAGGAACCUGGCAAGAUGAAAUCCGCAGGAUCUGGUUCACCCGAGGCGGGCGCCCAUGUGCCUUUGAGCACAUUUUUGUGGGAAACCUUUCUGAGGAUUUGGAUGGGCAUCCAGUUGCUGGUGGUUUGCAUUGCUGGCUGAAGUUCUACCUGGAGGAGCUACGUGGAACUGCAGGGUACCUUGGUUAUGUAUACAACCGCAACCCCCGCGAAGCUUUGGAGGAUCAUCGUUACAUCUCUGGCAAGUUCACUUGGAAGCAUGCGGGUCGCUGCCUGGUGAAAGACGGCGGCGGCUUUUUCAUCGGCGUGUCACCUGAGUGGCUUUUGGCAGACAGUACAAUAGCCUACCUGGAGACGAGAGAGGAAGUUAUGGCUAGUAGUCACGGUUGGCAGCGAUGGCUUGGUGCUCGUGACAGGGGCUACACCAAGGAUGUCGUGCAUGAAGGCUUCCGCUAUCGCAAGGUUGUUUGCCACAGCGAGGGGGCGUUGGUCACGGUUUUCUCCUCCUUCCUGGGGAUAGCCUUCAACGAAGAGUCGGAGUACACCGCACACCUAGACAAAAUCCUCUCUGAAAGGGACCUAGCCCAGGAACUGCCGGGCAUCCUUAUCGCUGAAGGCAUCGCACAGCGUGAGGAGAGCGACCUGUGUGUGGCAAGCGUCAGGUUUUGUGCUGCCAGACAUUGCCACAGUCUGGGCGAGGCUUUGAGGGAGAUUCGCGAUGUUUUUAGCUUUGUUCUGGAAGCUACGCUGCAAGAGGCGCACACUGAUGAGCUGAGAGAGCUUGUUGCAGAUGCCGCAGAUGUGGCAGAACUUGUUUCCGAAGAAGGAGAGAAGCUGACAAGCCAUGCUCUGCCCAGGCUGAUUGAUCACCUGAAGCAGCAAGGGCGAUCAGGUGCGCGCCUCCAUCGACCGCUUCGCCUGCUGUUGACGGGCCGCCCGGAUGGAGCAAGGGUUGCAGAUGUGGUGCACCUGCUUGAACUGGCCGAAAGAGAAGGUGGCGACGAGAUCGGCCCAACCUUGUCAGAUCGUCUUUUGAUAGCCCGCCAGGCCGAUGUGCGAAGACUGUUUCGCUGGCUUGAAGACUAUGUCGACCUGCCGCAAGACUUUCAGCGAAGCAGGACCUGGGAGAACUGUUUGUAUGACCUGGAGAUGGACCUGAAGGGACUGUCCGCAGUCAAUGCCGGCAAAGACAUGUUGAGUGUCGAGCCUGUUGCUCAAUUGAUGAAUUUCCGCGAUGCUAUAAUUUCUUUGAUGCUGCAGAGCCUCCUCUUCAAGAAGGCUGUUCUUGACUGGGACCUCAAGAGUGAACGGGCCUAUGCAGAUGGACCGAUGGUCGCAAUGUCAGAACUUGCGGUGAACAUUUUUUCCAAAACUGAAAGCUUGCCAUACAAGUUUCGGCCUCCUACGCUGCCAAAGCUCAGUACGUCUGGCCCGUUUUCGCUUGUCAAGAAAGACGAAAAAGGCCGUGUGAGCGCUAGUGCUCCUGGUCUGACAUCGCUGCAGUGCCAUCUGCUGGCCGUACUGCGGGAAAUGCAGUCCAUGGGGAAGGGCUUGAGGAACAUGGACUUUGCAGAGAAGGUCCAUGUUUCUGGUGGUGAGACAGGCCAGAACCCGGCGGCAGAAGAGCUGGGUCAGGAGAUGGCCAAAUGGUUUGAGCGCUGCACGCAAUUGGAGAAAGAAUUGAACAGCAACAAGGGCGAGAGGCAGAAUCAGAUGGAGAGCAAAGUAGAAGAACUGGAGAAGACUGUUGCGCUGAAGGAGACAGCCAACAGGAAGCUUGUAACAAGUAUUCACAAAUUGGAAGGAGAUGUUCAAAGCCUCAGGUACGAAUUUGUGGCUCUGCAGCGGGAGAGGGCGGAAGUGACCGAGCAGAACAACCGCAUUGCAAAGGAGAGUUUGCCAGUGAUUGAAAAGAUGAGGACACUGGUAGACAGGUCAAAGGAGGCAACAGAGCGAUUGACAACUGACUCAAUGAUUUUGUCCAGAAGCUUUCGCCGCCAGGUGCAAGAGACCGAAAGAAUCGUGGCUGAGAAGGGUGACAUCAGCAAGGAACUUGACCGUGCAAAGAGGCAAUUGCAAGCUGAGAAGGAAAAGAAUACCGUGAAGGAGGUGGAAUUGCAAAGGAAAGAAACAAUGUACUUGCGGACGAUGGCGGCAAGAAAGUCCAUUCAGGACAGCUUCAAUGAGCAAAGAGAGAAAAUUGCAAAGGUGGAGGCCUCCAUGCAGCAGACAGAACUUGAUCGGCAAGAGCUACUCAAGGUCAUUGAGGGCAAGGAUGGUCACAUCAGAGAGCUGGAGGAGGACUUGCGACGGGCUAAGAAGAGAAUUUCUGAGAUGGAAGAGCAAAGAGACAUGGCACUGCAGGAGUUUAGAAAGUUGACCGGACGGAUUCUGGACCUCUCCAGUUUUAGGAUGGCGCCCACUCUUUCAUGA